AGUAUGGAUUUAUUUAGGAGAUGGAGGACGGGUUGGUGUUUUCCCACGACGCUGUUGUGUUUGUAUGGAUUUUUCAGUUCAGUCAAACCUCUCGAACCAUUUCUCAUCAGCUACAUGACCGGUCCUGAUAAAAACCUUACCAUCGAGCAGGUGGCCAAUCAGAUUUUCCCAGUGUGGACAUACUCGUACCUGGCUAUGCUACUUCCUGUGUUCCUGCUCACAGACUGGCUGCGCUACAAACCUGUGAUCAUGGUCCAGUGCCUCGCCCUUUUCUCAACCAACGUGAUGCUGCUAUGGUUAGAGAGCGUAGGGGGGAUGCAAGCGAUGCAGUUCACCUACAGUGUGGUCACAGCGUGUGAGGUGGCGUACUUCUCCUACAUUUACAGUGUAGUGGAUCUACAGUACUACCUAAAAGCCACGUCGUUCUGUCGCGCCGCUCAGCUCAUCGGCUACACUUUCGGUUCUGUUGCCGGACAAAUCCUGCUAUCCUUUAAAUUAAUGUCAUACUACUACAUACUGGUGUUCACGCUAGUCCUCAUCUCCAUUUCUUUCAUUAUCUCAAUCCUUCUUCCAAUGCCCAGAACCAGCAUGUUCUUCCACCAGAAUAAAAGGAAUGACAAAGGAGGAGAUAUGAAUCAAGUGAAAGACUGCAACGAGAAAGAAAAGACUGUAGAAACAGAAAAAGGCAAAACAGACUGUAAUGAUCAUAGUGAAGAGUUUAUGGAAGAUAAGCAGCAGGACUUGGAGAUAGCUCAGGAAGAGAUCCUGGUAGGAUCUGGAGCAGACGCAGAGAAAGCAGGUUGUUGUGAAACCAUUCGGCAACUCUGGAUGGAUUUUCUUCGUUGUUUCUCCUCUAAGGAGAUGCUGAUCUGGUCCGUGUGGUGGGCGAUGGCAACCUGCGGCUACAACCAGACUGUAAACUACGUUCAAGCGCUGUGGGAAACCGUGGAGCCGAGCAAGAAUGACACCCUCUUCAACGGAGGAGUAGAGGCUGUUUCCAACCUGUUCGGUGCAGCUUCAGCAUACGGUGUUGGGUUUAGCCGUGUUAACUGGUCUCACUGGGGUGAACUGGCUCUCGGCUCUCUCUCCGCCCUCAGCAGUGCUGCGCUCUACAUAAUGGUUUUCAUUUCCAACAUCUGGAUCUGUUAUGGUGGCUACAUCAUCUUUAAGAGUCUCUAUAUGCUGCUCAUUACCAUUGCCAUGUUUCGGAUUGCUGCCGGUUUAUCCGUAGAGCGCUAUGCACUCGUUUUUGGAGUCAAUACCUUCGUUGCACUUGUUCUCCAGACGAUCCUCACAUCCAUUGUCGUGGACAGCAGGGGACUCGGACUGGACAUCAUAACACAGUUUAUAAUUUACGGCUCCUAUUUCUGCCUUAUUGCUCUGAUCUUCUUCACCAGAGGAGUGUACACACUGUACCUGCAGAGGACAAAGCAGAGAGCAACAGAUCCAGACACACACAGUGAUGGAGAACAUGCAUACACACAUUCAGUCAAACUCUAAACGCUGCAGUUCCUCAGUGAUGCGGAUCUGAGGGAUAAGCAGUGUGAAUGCAUUUUCUCAUUAAAAUAAUUAUUGUUGAAGGAUAUUUAGCCAUUUCUUGAAAACCACCUAAAGACCGUUAUGAAUCUAUAUACAUUUCCUGAUUUGAUUUGCGAUCACACAGAGGUAGAGCGAGACUUUUGCAGCUCUGGUUUCACUUGCUGUACUUGCAGCAAGGUUUAAUUAGGCUUAAUUACCUUUAUUUUAAAGAGCGAAGAUAAACUUUUAUUGGAAAGUCUUCUAAAUGAAGCACUUAUUUUCAGUAACAUUAUAGUUACAUUUUUUUAUUCAAUUAGUCCUUAUUUGUAUAGCGCGUUUAACAAUGAUCAUUGUCGCAAAGCAGCUUUGCAUCCUCAUUUGGGUGAUAACAGAUAGCAGGGAUUUAUCUGCGGUCAUACUGUAGUGUGUGUCAGGAGGCUGGAAUUUCAGCUGUAUAGUAAAGGUCACCAUAGAGAGCAACAAUCCGCUUGCUUGUAUUGUAUUGUAUUGUAUCAUACAGUACUGUAUGUCCCCUUCAUACUGUACGUUCAGAGAGCAAGUCCAAUUUGUUUGUAAGUCCAACAAACAUUGUUUAGGUACUAGGACGCUAUACCAAUUGUCUAUACACAGAAUAUUAUUUAAAAAAAGAACAAGAAAAAAUGAAAAGAAUAAGCAAUGUCUACCAUCUUUUCCCCUCGCUCCAUUCUCUUAAUUAUUUUCACUUUUGUCUCCAUCGUUAUUGCUUGGUGCUUCUUAGGAGUAUCAGCUUAAUCGCCUGCUUUUGUACAUCCUGGGCUUGUACUGCCCUUGCAGAGGCAGAUGUGUGAUCUAACUUUUGUGAUUGAACAUGCAUAUUUCUUUAAAACUUUACAAUUCAAAUGUUCGUCUGUAGGGGACGUAAUGUAUUUUAUCGUAUUGUAUUGUAUUUUCUUGUAUAGUGUUGCUGCCUUCCCCUAGUGUUAAGUGACAGGUGUUGCAUUAUUAUUUCUUACCUAUUAAUGAUUUUAUUAAAAUAAUAGGGCAUGUAGGUAUUUAUACACCAUGUACAGUAUAAAGCACU